UCGAGACAAAGUUAAGAGAUUAACCAAGUCUAUCAAUUUCAUUACGAUGGGCUACGUGAAUAUCUGACAAUGCAAUAGAGCAAAUAAUGUUCCAAAACAUCAUCUGCCCGUCUACACAUUUCAGCUGGGAUGCACUGCUCGUCACGUAAGCCUUCGAUACCCUAGGCGCACCCGCUCCACCUCGAUCAUCCUCCGAUCUCCGCCCCCUCCACCUCAUUUUUCCAGUCCCUCAAUCCCCAAUCGCACUCGAACCACAGGCCAGGGCUCAUGGAUAUCGAUGACAUCCUCGCCUCCGUGGACCGUGGCCCCGGCGCCAGCCCGGAAUCCGCCGCCCUCGAUCACCAACAAUUAACGCGCUUCUGGGUCGCCGAACGCGCCGUCUCGGAGCUUCUUCCCUGGCCGGCGCCAUUAAUGGAGCGAGUGAUGGAUCGCGUGCGCAUUCAGAUCGAAACGAUCGAAGACCUCGCCGCCUCCUCCGCAGACACACACCUCUCCAACACGACACACAAUCCAAACCUAAACCUCCGCCUGUCCAUCCUCCAAACCGACCUUGCCCGCACCCAAUACAUCAUCCGCUCCUUACUACGCGCGCGCCUGGCAAAACUCACAAAACACAGCAUGCACUAUCUAGUCCAACUAGCCAGCCGCAACAAAAACCCCCUCUCCACCUCCCAAUCGCAAUCGCAAUCCCAAUCCCAAACAUCCUCUGCAAACCCCAACACCACCCCCGAAGACUCCGUCCCCGAUAUCUCGGCGCUGGUCGAUACGGCCCCGCUCUCGGGGCCGGAAACGAGCUUCGUCCACGCGCAUCAGACGUUAUUGGCUGGACACUAUGGGGGCGCGUUUUUGGGCGCGUUUCCGAGGCAAUUGAGACGGUUGGAUGAUAAUGCUGGUGGGACGAGUAUGGUGCAGGGACCCGAGACGAAGGAGGUUGUUUUCGUGCGGUGUUUGGGCGCCGAGGUUCCCGUCUUGGUGGACGGGGAGGAUGGGGUUGAGGAGGUUGGUGUUUCGAUGCGGAUGGGGGACGUUUGGGUUGUUCGGUGGGAGGGGGUUAGGAGGGCUUGGGAGAGGGGGGAGGUGGAACUGCUGUGAUUGGGGGAUGAGAUUUAUCUGGUGUGAUAGGUGGUGGGGUGGUUUUUGUUGUGCUCUUUAUAUCUUCCACCCGGCGAGGUCAAGGGGUUAUUGGUUAAUCUUGAUGUCUGGGUUGGAGUAGCGGCAUUCCUGGCGUUGGCGUUUAGUGUUACAUUUCUCAUACCAUAUACCUUGAUAAUGGCCCCAGAUGCACGGUUUGCGAUGGGUGCAUGAAAACGAUAUGCUUUGUUUACGUUCGACUAUGGUGCGAAGUAUUAC